GGCCAGUUUAGCUUCCGGUUCAGCCAUUUGAGGGCACGAGCGUAGCUCUCCGCUACAUAAAACGUUUAUAAACAUUAUCUUUAUGAAAUGGAUAUUUUAAAAGCUGAAAUAGCAAGGAAGAGGAAACUUCUCGAAGAGAAACAGCUUGUUGACGAAUCCACAAAAUGCUUCAAAAGGGCUGAUCUUGCACGCAAGGAAAAAGAAGAAUACUUUAAAAGGUGUGGAUAUAAGGUUCAGACAGAGACUCCUAAGAGCCAGAUUGUUAAAACGGAGGAGAAUGAACCGUCCACUUCAGCUAACCCGGUGUUGGAGCUUGAAUUAACCGAGGAGAAGCUGCCGAUGACUCUUUCGCGACAAGAGGUAAUUCGACGGCUUCGAGAGCGAGGGGAACCAAUCAGAUUGUUUGGAGAAUCAGAUUAUGAUGCCUUCCAGAGACUCAGAAAAAUUGAGAUUUUGACCCCAGAAGUAAACAAGGGUUUAAGGAAUGACCUGAAAGCAGCCAUGGAUAAGAUCGACCAGCAAUAUCUGAACGAAAUUGUUGGAGGAACAGAGUCGGGGGAACCAGACACGCAGCACGAUCUGAAAGUUCACGAAGAAAACACCACCAUAGAAGAGCUUGAGGCUCUUGGAAACACCUUGGGCACUGGGGAUGAUAGUGGAGAUCAGGAUGUCAUUGCCAAAUUUUUAAAGUUUCUUCUGGGUGUUUGGGCCAAAGACCUGAACAGCAGAGAGGACCACGUGAAGCGCAGCGUUCAGGGGAAGGUUGCCAGUGCAACACAUUCGCAGACUGAGUCUUACCUGGAGCCUCUCUUUAAAAAGCUCAGGAAGAAGAAUUUACCACCUGACAUAAAAGAGUCCAUCACAGAUAUAAUUAAAUUCAUGCUGGAGAGAGAAUAUGUUAAGGCAAACGACGCCUACCUACAGAUGGCUAUUGGUAAUGCUCCCUGGCCUAUUGGCGUCACUAUGGUGGGUAUCCAUGCCCGUACUGGACGUGAAAAGAUCUUCUCCAAACACGUGGCGCAUGUUCUCAAUGACGAGACGCAGAGAAAAUAUAUUCAGGGUCUGAAGAGGCUAAUGACUAUCUGUCAGAAACACUUCCCAACUGAUCCAUCUAAGUGUGUGGAGUACAACGCUCUUUAACAAGGGACUUUAAAACUGGGAGAUUUUUUUUCAAACCUGCUCAUUUAUUUUGAUGUGACUGAAUAUCAGUUGAUACUGUGUCUCAGAAACUUCAGACAUGAAUGUCUUAUGUAUAAAAUACACCAGAACAUGGCUUGGGUAAGAAAAGGUCAACAGUAUAUGGAAAAGAUGUAAAACACAUGGCAGAUGUUUGACUUUUUUACUUUUUCCUUUCUUUCUGGAAUAUUGUUCAGCUUAUGCUUUCAGUGAGUUAUUUACAAGCUGUGGUACAAGAACAGUAAAGAUAAGUUGAUGUAGUGUAAGUUUUAUUACACCUGAAAUAUGAAACGUAUAUUAAACAUGUGAUAACUGUUAUUGGUCAAUCUUUAUAUACAUUUUGAAGAAGUCCAAAUUCCUAUCAGUAUAUAGAUGUACCUUUGUAUCGAGAGUUUGAAAACAGUGUAGUUUCUUUGGCCAUUACCACUUUGUUUAUGCACAGCAAAACUUAACUUUCAAAGAUGCAUUCUUCUCUGGAAUUGCAUAGAUUUUCUUCCUUCUACAGCUGAGCUGCUGAAUGGAGCUACUUUUAGUUGUCAUUGUCCUUUUAAUCAAUACAACUCCUGUCAAUAUAGACACAAUAAAGACUCCGGAAGCUGCUGUUCUUCCUAGGAAUUCUUAAGUAACACCUAAACCAAAUGUAAACAUAACUGAAACUUUCUUUUUUCUGUAAGGAUGACUUCAUAAAAAGUCAACAGAACGUAACCUUUUACAAUGACUGCUGAUAAAAGCCCUUUAGUAAUGUUCAAACAACAUUGGUUCGACAUUCAGCAUCUAAAACUGACCUUAUUACUCUGAGUAACCAUGGUGAUGUGAUUUGCUCCUUGUGGUGAUAGUAUGUUCUUGGCUGCCCCAGACCACGUCAUAGCAGUUACAGUCUGUCAGCUCUGGACACGUAACUAGAGGCUCACAGAGGCAGGUUGACAGCUGGCAUUGCAAAAAGAAAGAACACCACUUCCUUCUAUUCGCCGGUCUAAGCAAUUGACAUAAAUAAACUGCCUUAUCUGAGGUCUGUGCGUUCAUCCGGGAAGGCUUUCACCCUCCUGUCCUUGAGUUAAAGCAAACUAAAUAUUUUGGCUUCUUGCCAAUCUAAUCUGAUGUGUCACUGUUAUCAAUGAUGUUUGCCUUGAAAUGUCCCAUUAAAGUGAUGUUCACCUGAA